AUGGAUCCAUUCGUUCUGUCACGAAAUGCCUUCAAUAUGUAUUGUUCGCGGUAUGUUCAAUGUGGUCAGAAUAAUAAUAGCAAUCAAUCAAAUCUAAACAUUUCAUGUUUGAAAAAAACCACAGCUCAUCGAAAUCAAGAGUAUAGGAAAGCAAUCGAGCGACUCAAUCAACGAUACGAAUACUUUUUACAAACACUUGACCGAUUGAAAAUGUCAGUGGAAUGUACAGCACAGAAUUAUAAUGUGAAUUCAAGCAAUAGACAACACAUCGAUACAUCGACAUUGUCAUCAAAUGCAAGUAAACGGAGCGCUGUCCAGUCACAACCGUCAGCGGUAGGUGGUGAAAAUAAACCACCACCAAAACAAACUCUACUUCUUAGUGCUCUUCAACAAUUCGAACAUAUUCCUAUUGAAUGCGUAUGUUCAUCUUGUCAACAGCAUAUUAUCACUCGUACUGUAAAGAAAAAUGGUGCUCUGAACUGGUUGACUUGCGGUGGAACCUUCAUACUGGGCUGUGUUGCAGGAUGCUGCUUAAUUCCAUUUUGUAUUGAUGCUCUUAAAAAUACAUUGCAUUAUUGCCCGAAUUGUGGCAAACUACUGGCAGAAGUCAAACGUAUUUAA